UUUUUGUUUCGUAUGUAAGGUUUGGCCUGCUGAUGGGACUGCUGGGCCACUGGUCGUCAAGCCGUGGAACCAGAGAUUGGGGGAUGGGGGCUUUUAUUUUUUGGGUUCUCUCAUGUCUUCUUUCUCUUUUUCCCCCAAACGCCAUCGACCUGUUGAAGUUUAAAGCCAACGCAGCUCACGAUACCAUCGGAGAUAGCCCGGAGACCACAGACAAAAUGGAGGGCGGCAUCUUUCAGGGACCGCGAGUCCUCCAAAAUCAAACAUCACUCGCUUCUCUCUCUCUCUCUCUCUCUUCUAAGCAGGUCAUUCCUCCACGCAUAAGUACAUUCGCUGCACCACCGGACGCAUCCUGUGGCUCGUGAUGGUCUUCGGAAUCUUCAAGAAAUCAAAGAGUGCCGACGACGCCGCCGGCCCGGCCGACAAUGGAAUAGUCCCGGUGCGCCGGAUCACCUCGAAUAGCAUGGCCUACGCGCCAGCCGCCGAGCAGGAUCUUAUCGGUGUGGAUAUGGCGGCCGUCUGGGAAUCCGUCAACGCGCCCCGCACGACGUUGAACGUCGACAGCUACGACUUCUUCCUUCCGGCAGGCCCCAUGGUCGAGGACAAGUCCUGGAUGAUCCUGACCAAUGGCGACAUUGGUCUGGUUACCUGGAACGGGCUCCUGGUCGAAAACAGUAACGUGAUCCACCGCGUCAAGACGAAGAACCAAAGAAAGGCAUUCACCUUCCAUUGCGGGUGCUUAACCCUCGACUUCCGCCUGUCUCAGUCGCUCCGUCGGAAUUUUAUCGGACACGGUGCAACAGCCGAGUACCGUAUCAUCACGAGGCUCAAGACGGACUGCCGGUUUGCCGCCGACAAAGUGACAAAGUGUAUGGCUAGCCUGCUGUGGUUCAGAGUACAAGCGUACGGCAGCACGCAAUGGCGGACGUCGACGGAAGUCGCAGACGAUCUGCGGAAGGCAACAAAGGCCUUGCGCAAGCUUGUCGGGUUCGCCGCCCGGUUUAUCGAGGUGUUGAGGAGGCAUCAUCAAGGCAAUGGCAGGGAGGAUAGCAUGCCCGUGGCGUACAAAAAGGCCCUCAUGCUCAUGGGCCUCGCGAAGUGGUACCGCAUCCACCGCGCCAUCAACUCUAUCCAAUGUCUGGAAAAUGCCCUUCGACGAUCGGUCGAUGAAUCCACGCGCCAGGCAGCCAGUAGAUCUGCAUGCCUCGUCCAGUCUAACCUGCUCGGCAUGCUGGGGUGGAGGCUCGCACCUGGGAGCUUGGGAUCGCAACGAAACGUGCUACCAGAUGUAUUAACCACACUGGAUAUUCUAGGUACGACGGACUGGGAUUGUUACGCGGAGAAGGAUGUGAGGGCGAGGAUGGAACAGACCGAGAUCACGGUCCGAAUCGUCAAAGAGGCCGGCUUCACCUUCUGGACGCAGCAAAAGAUCAUGAGGUUUCUGCGACACCGACCGCUGAGCAAGAUUGAUUUGACCGAGCCGAGUUGGGCCGGCCAAGAAACUAGAGGGGAGGAAAAGAUACAUCCUUCCCAUGUGAGGAUGCUCAGGGCUCUGCCAUGGGUGCGGUCUUUCGACGUCGACGGCCACAUCCCUAUCCUGAGGUUUGUGGCCCCUGAUUCGGUUAACGGGGUCAACUGA